GGUCCCCUGAAUGUCAGGCAAGAGCUUCCCAGCUUGGCGCGUUGCGUUGAUUUCCACAUGCAGAUAGAUAAUACUUAAAUCAUUAAAUCUUAAAAGAAGCGAAACUUGUUCCAAAAAAGAACACCUCGUGCCUACUUCGACCCGUACGUCAUUUUACGAAGCGCGUUAAUUACGAUACCCCUUUUUUCGCAACGGUGGAAGAUAAGGUAGACGUUGAGUCUAUCCGUCUUAUUAUCAUACUAUCAUCGGAUACGUUGCCGAUUAGCCCGAACGAGACCUACCCGCCGCCUAGUUACCCGAGAUUCAAACUCAACACAUAAUAAAGGAAGAGGAAGUUAGAGUACAAGCAGAACAACGAAGAACAACGAAAUCGCAAGACACAUGUCUCUCUUUUUAUAACAACACUACGAUAUGAGGGUCGCUAGCUGUCGCAUAAUACUUCGUCGCCAAUCAUGUUCUCCUCGCUGAAGAGCUUUUCCUCCAACAUCAACUCCAACUACUCCGUCUCGCAGACUAUAACAUCCACAGCUGGUCCGUGGAAGAUAUACGAUGCGAAGAAGAAGUCGACUGGGAAGACAUAUUCUGUGUUUGUCUUUGAGAGAAAGUCGUUAGAGUCGCAUGGCGGCUCCUUAGGUCGAUCAGGCGCAGCAGCCUUCAAGCGCUCCGUAGACGAGGUGACGGAACGUUUAAAGAAAGAGGCCUCCUCUCUUGCCAGACUGCGACACCCAAGCAUCCUAGAACUUGUCGAACCCGUUGAAGAAACUAGAUCAGGUCUACAGUUCGUUACCGAACCCGUAACUACGUCACUAGCGAGUCUAUUACAAGAGAAAGAUGACCAAGAGAGAGCAGGUGGGGUCGGAGGUCGCUCCAGUCGAUAUGUUACAGAAGACUCCGACGGUACUAGACGCAGACGGGAACUAGAGAUCGAUGAGCUUGAGAUUCAGAAGGGUUUGCUUCAGAUUAGCAAGGCUCUAGAAUUCCUCCAUGAGAACGCCGGUCUCGUCCAUGCGAAUUUAACUCCAGACGCUGUGCUGAUCAAUUCUAAGUCCGAUUGGAAAGUUAGUGGUCUCUCUUUCUGUAGUCCGCCGGAGAACUCGACAAAAGCAACAUCAGUUCAACCUAUUAGUCUUUCCGAAGUUCUCAAUCUAGACCCCCGGUUACCUCGCCAUGUACAAAUCAAUCUUGAUUUUACUUCACCAGACUUCGUCCUGGAUAAUAAUCUCACAUCUUCUGCCGACAUGUUCUCACUCGGACUUUUAUGUGUUGCCUUAUAUAACUCACCUCAUCGAUCACCUAUAGAAAGUAGUGGUAGCAUCUCGGCUUAUAAAAGGUUGUUUACGUCAUCUUCGACUGUGCCGUCUUCUGGGAAUGGAUUUCUAUCGAAGAGGCCACUGCCAAGAGAUCUAUCGGCGCACGUACUACCACGACUAAUUACACGACGUCCUGCGCAGCGCAUGACGGCUCGAGAGUUCCAGGAGAGCGAAUACUUUGACAAUAUCUUGGUGUCGACAAUUCGAUUUUUGGAUGCUUUCCCAGCCAAGACCCCUAAUGAAAAGGCUCAGUUUAUGAGGGGUCUUAACAAGGUCUUACCGUCCUUCCCGAAGUCGGUUAUGGAAAAGAAAGUCCUACCGGCAUUGCUAGAAGAGCUCAAAGACAAAGAUCUUCUGUCGCUCAUCCUUCAGAAUGUCUUCAAGAUUAUGGAUCUGUUACCAUCGUCGAGACGAGCGUUUUCGGAGAAGAUACGACCGAGAAUUAAGGAGAUUUUCGUUGUGAAUGCCAAGCAGACGCAAGAGAAGGAUCCAGCCAGGGAUGCCGGUUUAAUGGUUGUUUUGGAAAAUACGAGUCAGAUAGCUGAAAACUCAUCUGGCAAGGAGUUCAAAGAUGAUGUGUUACCGAUCAUUUUGGCAGCUAUUGAGUCGCCGACGCCCUCACUCGUCGAUGCCGCUUUGCGCGGCCUACCGGUCGUUUUGCCGGUUCUAGACUUCAGCACUAUCAAGAACGAAUUGUUCCCAGUCAUCGCUGCCGUCUUUAGCAAAACAAGCAGCUUAGCCAUAAAGGUUCGCGGCUGUCGAGCUUUUGUCAUACUUUGUGGCGGCUCGAAUGAGUAUUCCUCAGCCGAUGACGGACUUGACGGCUUGGGACCUGAGAAGAAAAAGACUUCGUCGUCGAGUGCUCUAGACAAGUACACCAUGCAAGAGAAAAUUAUCCCACUUAUAAAAGCCAUCAAAACCAAAGAGCCGGCAGUUAUGAUGGCCGCCUUAGAUGUUCUACGAGUUGUAGGCGAUAAUGCCGACGCCGACUUUGUAGCCAUGGAUAUCCUACCCAUCCUCUGGAGUAUGAGUCUAGGUCCUUUGUUAGACCUCAAGCAAUUCCAAUCAUUUAUGGGAUUAAUCAAAUCACUCUCCAAGAAAGUCGAGGAAGAACAAAUGAAGAAAUUACAAGAACUUUCGGUCGUGAAUGGAGGAGCGAGGGCUGCGACUCCUAAUGACGAUUUCAUAGGAUUUGGGGGUGUUACUGGGACGACAUUUGAUUCCACAAACGGUGCUACAGAAGAUGAUUUCGAGCGGCUCGUCAAGGGGAAAGUCACCCGAACCUCGAGCGAUCCAAUGGACGCAAAUUGGGAUGUGGCGCCAGCAUCAGCCGCUGCCUCAACAGUCACCUCGCCGCCGAUUAAAUCACCCCAAUUUUCUUGGUCAACGCCAAGCCCUACCGCUACUACUAUUGCUCCUCGACCCGGUCAAUUUGGUGCUACCCAAGCCCAACCCACUUUCAGAACAGUCACGCCGGAUCUCGCUCAGUUCGGAACAUUAACCCCUUCAUCUACGCAAUACUCCCAACCUCUACAACCCUCAACAGGAAAUACUACCAAUGCGCCAACUAUACCGCAAAACUCAUCCGCGGUCAAUUGGUCCACUACCACUGCGGCAACGGCCAAUCCAUGGGCUUCCAGUUCAUCUACCCCGAUGUCACCGCCGGCCCCAUCAUUCGGUGCAGUGACAUCAGGGAUGUCAAAUAUGAAUCUUGGUCAAUCAAGACCAACUAUGAGCCAAUCAUCUUCCUUUUCUCUCCCUCCACCACCAUCUAGGGGAAGUGGCACACCAACAGGAUUCAGCUUACCUCCGCCACCAGGAGCUCAAAGACAGAGUUCAACGUCGCCAUUCGGUCAGCCAUCCAGUGGUUUUGGUGCCACAUCUCACCAACCAACUGGAAGCAUGGGCAGCAUGAUGAAUUCAGGAAUGGGGAGCAUGAAUAGGAGUAUGAACAGCAUGAACAGCAUGAGUAGCAUGAGUAGCAUGAUGGGCGGUAUGAACACUAUGACACCAAGCCAACCUGCGCCACAGCCACAACAACAGCAACAGCAACCCCAGAGGUCGGGCUUGGAUAAGUAUGAGAGUUUGCUGUAGGGAGAUCAUGUAGAAAUUCUAAUGUCAUAAUAUUGGUGUCGAUAGGCAUGUGUUACGUUCGAUAUUAAAGAAUCAUCUAGGCAAUUUACGUUCCCAAAUAUGGGCUCCCCGAAAUGUUGACACGCGGGUACCUAAAUGGUUCGUCCCUCCAAAGGAUACCUUAAUUUACAUCUCUAUUUCAUCAACGCGGUAGCCCAGCGCCCUAGGAUUUUAUGCCGCCACUUACGACGCACUCUGAUGUGAUCAAGUCUUG